UACUCUGUGAUUACUACGCGGUAGCUCGAUUUUUUGGCGUGUCAUACUGAUCAAGCUUUAUAGCUACAAUAUUGUGCAGGACAGUGUUUGAAUGAACACUAGUAACGUAAUUUGAGUAUUUAAAAUUUCCUCUGAUCCAAGUCACCUUAGAUCGAUUGAAGCGGUUCUGGUCAAAGUGUCUUUGGCGCCUACUGCACUCCCAUCAGUGUUUUUAUCUGUUUUGCGUUCAAUACCUGGAGGCUCCAAUUUACUUGUCUAUUGAUCUACAAUGUUUGACGUCACUAUUAAAACAUUAGAUGGGCGAGAUUCUCUCUUGACGGUGGAUGACGAAAUUAAAGUGGAAGAAUUCAAAAGUGUGAUAGAAUCGAAGCUAGAUAUUCCAGUAGCCCAACAGCGCCUCAUAUUUCAGGGUCGCGUUCUACCAGACAACACUCGUUUGAUCGAUUGUGGUGUAAAAGAUAAAGUUGUCCACUUAGUUCCUCGGCCACCCCCUGUUCAAGACGAUGGCCAGUCGACACCCUCGUCUACUGGCGUCACAACUUCUACUUCCACCUUCGGACAACCUCUGGGGGGAUGGGAUAUGCGCCAAACCAUCCAGGAUAUCACCGCUGGUAUCUUCAGUGGGUUGGGGGAGUUUGGGCGAAGCAUCCACAUACCUGGACGCGCGAACACAGACCAGUCAGUAGUGACAGCUUCCACUCCUGCGGCUGCACUGAUUUCUCGUGAACGUGCAUUCAAUCGCCUGUACCGACAGGCUUCUCAUAUCUCCCGUCGUAUUUCUCAUACUCCUCUACCUCCAACAAUUGAGGCGUCAGCUGAAUCCAACUCUACGUGCUCUGAGGAAGGUGGCUCUUCAGUUACCGUGGUCAACCAGACUGUUGCUGCGGAAAAGUCGAUAAACGGUGAUGUGCUUCCAAGCGAUCUUGAACGCUGUGCUGACCCAAUCUCUCACGUCGAUGGCGAGCCUUCGGCUCAGUUACCACUUAUAGAUUCACCAAUGGCUGUCGAUCCUGAGUCAUCUUGCUUAUCUACUCCUGAUGCCGCCGAAUCUGUUACUUCAGGAAAUCACCAGACACACCCUCAUCUACCGGAUCACCCCAUUGCGAUGAUUGCAAAUAUGCUUUGUCGUCAGCGUCACCUGUGGCGUUCCAUCGAGCCGUAUUUGGAUCAGUGGGAGACGAUGCUAACUACGGAAAGCCGGUCACAACAGAGUCUGCCUUCCGAGCACGUUGCAUGCAGCGAGGUUUUACCGUCCUCCGUAGACAUAGAUCAGGAUGACCCCGAAACUCAGACAACCCAACCACCCAAAAGCGUUAGUGAACCGCUACCACUUGAUACGGUCGUGGUAGAUCCGGUCCGUGGAAGCACUCAAUCUGAGUGGCACCAUCGCUUCUUCGCUCAAAUCAGUCGUUUGCUGCAUCUGCAUGCUCACAUGCUUCAUCUUAUAUCUGACUUCAACGUGGUUUCCUUGGCUGCGCCUCAACGCAGUGCAAACGCACCAGCUAAUGUGGUUUCCAAUGGGGCCUCUGACAACACGCUCCACAAUGCCACUCCGGAGGCCUCGCAUGAUGUUCAUUUGGUCAUGGAAUCUGAAAACGUAUCCACUUCGUCGAGAAAUGAUGAACCUCGACCACAUCAUCGUCGAGUGGUUCAGCUACCUGAAACCGAAGGUCAUUGGAUUCGCGCUCGGAUCAAUGUCGAACCAGUUAGUUCCACUGUUCGUCCUCCACCUAGCAAUCUUUCUCAACAACCGGUUGCUCGCGCGACUAUGCGUGGUAGAUCUACCUUACCGGACUCACCUGAUCCUCGUCGAAGUCAGUCUGCCUCCAAUGUUGACCGCAGUCGCAACCCCCCUACCGGCCAAAUAUUGACUGGUUCGGGUCAAGCACAACGAAGCGAUCAAGCUCAGGGUGCACCAGUGGUUCCUACGUCCGUCCAUUCGGGCUCGUUCGUCACAGGGGGAACCGCGAUUAUUCAUCGCGUGGAUAUACCCAUAAUCUCCAUGAAUAUGAUCAAUUUACCCGUCUCUGCAUUGGAGCAUCUCUCUGCUCCAUUAACUGCGAGCGCCCGCCAUACAGGUUCUUCGGCUCCUGCUGCUGCCACAGAAGAUUCUUCUCAGCGAACCACAGCUGGCCAACAGCCCUCAGAGCCCAGCAGUCGGAUCACCGAAGGCUCCACUGAUACGGCAGUCCCCACCGAACAACCGCCACACAUGUCGACCGCUGGCCCCACGGAUCCAUUUCUUGUGUGCCACUCGCGUCAUUUUGCUCAUGAACAUCACCAUCGGAUUAUGGUGCCAUUUGUUCCACACACUACUACCCAAAUUAUCCCAGCAAGCUUUCAUGUUCCAGCCACUCGUGAAUCGGUCUCGGGCACUACUCAAUCUGCUCCGUCUGUGCCGGUUUCUGUCUCUCCUCAACAGGCAGUAUCAACUGCGGAACCCGAAACGGCGACGACCCCAUCCGUCGCUGACGCAGCGCAUACCAAUGCGGCGCGCACCAUACAGUCCAGCCUGACACAGCAGAUUGCCUCUUUGAUUACCUCGGCCACAAAUGCCGCCACUGCUGCUGCCGCUGGUGGCUUUGAUCUACGGCCUUUCAACGUGUUCCUUUCGACUCCACCUAUCCACGUGAACUCGGCUGCCGUUAUACCAAAUGUUCCAACUGCCGAGACCGACACUAACAGUGGAACCACAGCAUCCGGACCGUGGCAGUCCUUCUCUUGGAUGUUUGGCCGUGAUAACCCCCCGCCUUCUGCUGCGCCCUCCAAUUCGUCGCAGCCUACCCCAGUGCAGCAAGAUUCGAAUCAAACGCUGCACCCUGUGCUGACUACACCGUCUUGGGGACGUGGGACUGGCGACACGCAGCUGUUGAUGCUAACCGGUUCUAAUCGUAUUCUCAACGUUUUCAUUGAAGCCCUCAUCGAAACUAUUUGGUCUCGUUUAUCUAGACUGGCGAACAGCGGUGGAGAUUGUCCCAGUGCUUGCUUUUCUGUCUGGAGUGGAAGCCAGUCCAUUAACACGUCUAAUCAAGAGAUCUCCGUUGGUUUGCUAACGGACAUGUUGACUGUUGCUCGAGGUAUGCUCUCCACAAACGCAUCUGAUGACGUAUCGCCGUCUUCCUUGGAUGCUAUGCGCGUCCAUUUGCGCCAUCUGAUAAACUACGCCGACUCUUUGCUCACAAAUAAGGAUCGCUUGGCCGAAACGAUUGUAGAAUUGCUCUUCGAUGGGAACACUUCCGAUGAAACGUUAAGUGCGGAAAGUUCAGAAGCACACGCAAUUAGUUGGGUAAAACAACGCUGCGAGGGUGGUGAUGAUCAUCUGAUUGACGUCCGUGCUUCAUUAGUUCGUCUUUUCAAAGCCAACCUCUCUGCCCAAAUCGAGUUGUGGCGCACCAGCCCAACAAACUUUGGCUUCGGAUCCACUUUAUUAUGGACGAUAGCGGAUUUUUGUGUGGAUUGUUUUUGCAUGGUGGACCUAAUUUCCAGUCAACUGGCCAAAAUAAGUGGUCUGCAAACAGCAACCACCGCCUUCGACGGGUUAGAUCACUAUAAUCUUUCCGAUCCUCGAGAGUUCCAUACGCUGAUCGAUCGACUUAACGCUUUCGCUGAAACGCUAUCGCAUUCACAAACAGAUGCACAAUUCGUUAGAUUUGUUCUGGCUGGCGUCAAUCGGUGCAUUGACCGGUACUCAUCCAUGGAUCAGAAGGCUAUAAGUCGCAGAUGGGACCGUCUUUCACACGCGUGUAUUGUGCGCCGCCGCCUGGCGGCUCCUAGUAGUAUGGAUGUAGAUGACCUGCAGAAUCAGCUAUGCGCUGAUGACACCGAUGUGGAAGAUCUACCGUUCGUCGACGCGUCUUCUGACUUGGCCGGCAUAGAUGGUCAAUCUGUGGCUUCUGGCUCUACACAGCCCCGGGACCAGGCAAAUAUGAAUGACAUCUCGCGUUUGCGUCGACCGAGUCGAAACAGGCUUAGUGUUGAUUCUGCCUCAGGGAAGGUGUCUCCUCUCCCCGAAUGGGCACAGAUUUCAACUGGAUCCACGGAAAAUUGGAUAGAAUGCUUGAGUCGUCACCCGGACACCUCUCACUCCUUGCCACUUUUGUCUCCUCAAUUGUCCCCCGAGGGUUGGCACGCCGUCUUACCCAGCGAUUGGAUAGACGUCGUCGCAGCAGACAUUGAAACUAUGAACCGAUCACAAUCACUCAACGGUGCUCCCGACAUACGCUUCAGUGAUGCGUACAUUGCCGGAAUGCCAGCUAAGCGGCGCAAAGUGAUGCAAGAGCAUUCUCGAGCUUUGGCACAGCCACCGAAAACAUUUUUUGCCGAUUGCCUUUCUGAUGCGAUCCGCUCCAGUGGAUGCGAUCCUUCAGCUUCUUCGGAUGAAAACUUGCAACCUGAUUCUAAAUCAAAUUUGACUUGCGACUCGACAGGCAGAAUUCUCUCGAGAUCUCACAGCCCUGUUUCGGAGAAGGAUCUGCAGCUAGUUCACUGUCUUCGUAAUUUGGUAUCUGAACGCAUUGGGGAUCGGCUGAUAGCUGAUCCGGACUUCGAUCCCGUUCAUUUCCCAAUCUCCAGCAAGAUUUUCCUUAAGAAGCAGACUCCGAAGGACUAACGUAUAUUACAAUGCUCAUUGAUUUCUUCUCUGCAUGAUAUGUAUUGUCCGCUGAAGAAGCAGGGCAGCUUGGAGUCCUCGAGACGUUUAUGUGGAAAUGUAUAAUUUCUGCAUCUCAUUUGUCCUUUUUAAAUUAACCCAGUUUGUAUAAUCGUUUGCUUCUUGUUCG